AAACAGCUGAAAAUUUUCCCUUUUCAAGAACCUCCAGCAGGAAGUGGCCUCGGCUGCCGGGCGAAGGAUAGAAGAAGUGAUUGAAGAAGAAGAAGGAGCCUUGGAUAAGGCUCUAAAUGAAUCUACAGUAAGUGCAAAAAAGCUUGAGCAAGCUCCAAGCAGCACUACCACCACUGAGGCAUUACAAAGUACAGUGGUGGACAUCGCAAAUCUCAAACUCACCGAUGACUCUCUAUGCAAUUCCGAAGAGCUCAGAAAAAUCAUGCUAGACAAUAUCGAAGCCAAUCUAAACAAUUCGAAACGAUUGAUUCAACUAGCCGCCGAAGCGCAGUUUGGUGGACAAUUCGACGUCAUCUGUGCCAAUGCUGAUUUCAGCUACGUGACGAACACUGAGCUCUUCUGUCAGGAAACGAAAGGCGACGUCUCGUGCUACGCCUAUCGACAACUAUAA